CUAUCACAAGCUACCACAUCAUCAUCAUCAUCUUCACACUAUUCUCACAUCAACCUCUCCUGCUUAAAAUAGUUUAAUUUCUCCUAUGGAAUUAGACCAUGGUUUGGACUUUGAGGACUACUUUCCAUCAAUGAUCUCAAGCCUUGGCGCAGAAGGCUUCAUCGGCGAGCUCUGCAAUGGGUUCAGUCUGCUUAUGGACGCGAGCAAGGGCUUGAUCACGUUCGAGAGCUUGAAGAUGAAUUGUUCCAUUCUAGGUUUGGAGGUGAAGGAUGAUGAGCUGUUGUGCAUGUUAAUGGAAGGUGAUUUGGAUGGAGAUGGUGCCCUAAACCAAAUGGAGUUUUGCAUUCUCAUGUUUAGGCUCAGUCCAUGCUUGAUGGAUGGAGAUGUAUCUAAAUUUUGUACCCAAAAUGUUGAUCCCAUCUUAAUGUAAGUGUUAGUCCCUAGACUAAUUAACUUUGUGUUAGCUAGCUUUAAUUUUCUCUUUUUCUCUUAAUUAUUCAAUAACAUAACAUUUCAUGGUAUCCUUCCAGUUAAUUAAGAGAAUUGAGAGAGUGGAAUGUAUAUUGGUGUAAGUCUUAAUUAAUCAUUGUAAUGAUCCAUAAUUGAAAAGAAAACUUUAUUUGUA